UUCUCUGUCAUUGCUCGUAUCGUGUAUUUAUGGACUAUUCGGCUUGCCGUAAUUCAUUUCGACCAACCGAAAAAAUCCUGCAGUAAAAUGAGGCGGGAGUUCGCUGACUCGUUUGGCUGCGAGUGUAAUGGUUGCAUUGCGAAUCUGAAGAUAUGGGUGAUGCAUUACGGACUUGCUUUCGAUAUAAUGCUGUCUAGCUUGAUCUCUCCUGAGAUGGAGAUUUAGCCAGGAACAGUCCAGACGUUCUGCAUCUCGUGCUUUCUAUACAACCACCACUGACAUUGCUACUCGAAUUCGAAGAAUAACAUCUCGGACACUGUAACCGAGUAAGCUAGCUGUACUUGUAGCUAGCAAGCUUGUGGUAGCGACGUGUUUUGUUGAAGGAGUGUUUGUUGUAGUCUAAAAUGAAUUAAACUAGUAAAUAGUUUUAAGAUAUCCAACUGUCAAAACACUAUAGUUAGCCUUUGUAACGUCUUAUUCAGUUAUUUCCGUGGUUGUGAUUAUCCGUUUCGCAAUGUUAUCUUGAGAAACGGGUUGACUUGACGAGUUGUCUGAAGCCAGCGACGCGGCCCAAAACAGUCACUCGUGUGGAGAUAAAGCUGGCAGCUUCCUUGGUCUCCCAGAGUGUCCUCCGCAAGGAGCCAGGAUCUGGACAGCUCAUGACUUCGGACCAGGAAGCAAAAGUUAUAGCGGAACCCCAGGUGCAGCAAGCACAGGAAGCCAAGGAAGACAUCCCCCUUCUGGAGUCUGCCAAGGUGUCGGACCUUAACCCGAAUGCAAAAGCAUGGGCCAAUCAUGUUCCUAACCUGGAGGCCUCUGGAACAGCCUACUCGGACACCUUGCAGUCAUGGCCGGAUACAACUAACGGCCCAGCAGACUCUGUGACAGAAGGGUACGAAACCAGCUGUGAGCAUCAGCAUGCAACAGUCUCCAUGGAUGCCACCCUGACAACACCGGCCAAGCCCGUGGACAUGGAGAGUGCUGCCAAAGACUCGAAACAGCAGCUCAACCUGGCAGGUGGGAGUGAGAUUGACCCCUCCAGCCAGUCUGAGGAUCUCCGGGAGAAACUGAAGGCCACGCUGGAGUUCUGCCUUUCACGGGAGAACCUCGCCAAUGACAUGUACCUCAUCUCUCAGAUGGACAGUGACCAGUACGUGCCAAUCGUCACAGUGGCCAAUCUGGACCAAAUCAAGAAGCUCAGCACUGACGUGGAGCUCAUCUCUGACAUUCUAAAAUCGCUGCCUCUGGUCCAGGUGGAUACGUGUGGUGAGAAGGUGCGGCCCAAUCAGAACCGCUGUAUCGUCAUCCUGAGGGAGGUCCCUGAGGCCACUCCAGUGGAGGAAGUCGAAGCGCUCUUUAAGAGUGAGAACUUACCCAAGUUUAUCAACUGUGAGUUUGCCUACAAUGACAACUGGUUCAUCACCUUUGAAUCUGAGGCAGAUGCACAACAGGCAUACCAGUACCUUCGAGAGGAAGUGAAAACCUUUCAAGGAAAACCAGUCAAGGCCCGCAUAAAGGCCAAAGCCAUUGCCAUCAACACAUUUGCGCCAAAGAACGGCUACCGGCCGGUCGAGGUGCCUGCUAACGUCCAGCAGCGCUACCAGUCCUACUACAUGCCCCCCAUCUAUGGAGCACAGCAACAGUUUCCUCCUCUCUACAGACUGGUGGCCCCUCAAGGCUGGUCUACAACACAAGGCUACUUGGAUCCCACCAUGGUGGCUCCAUUUCCAAACCCAAGCUUCAUCAAUGGCUUUCCAGGGUCCCCGAACUUCAAAUCCGCUACAUCCCCUCUUAAUAUAAGACCGUACGCCCCGAGAAACAGAAACCACAACAAACCCCAUGUGCGAUCAAACACCCUGGGUCUGGACAGAGGUGUAGGGAUCCUAGACAACCCUCCCCCCUUCCCCAGUUUCCCUGCAGACCGCGUGGCCAACGGGGCCCGCGCUCCUCCACCCCACCCCCUGGGCCCUGGCCGCACGCGCAUGCCCACUGGCCUCCCCCACCCCCGCCGGGAGCAGGUUGGCAGUGGACGCAUGGAGCCUAACGGGGCAAACUCUUCCAUCAGCGCUGGCGUGGGGAAAAAUGUGUAUGGCAAUAGAAAGAGACGGGAUGACAAGUUUACACGAUCCACCACGCAGUCCCCUCCUCCUGGCCCAGAGCGCGCCCCCUCGCCCAGCUUUGAACUGGGCCUGUCCAGCUUUCCGCCCCUCCCUGGCGCCGCAGGCCAGCUCAAGCCUGAGGUGAAGGCAGAAGUCCCCGCCGAGAGCAGACUGUCCGCUAUCGUCACUGGAACCACUAAGACAGACAAGCCCGUGAGUAAGGAUCUGGUCAGCAGCCGUUCUGUAGCUUUGGCGUCUCCCAAAGAACUACCCCAACCUGCUGUGGCCCCGCCUGUCCAGGACGCUAAGCCGCCCCCAUCUCCAGCCUGCUCCCACGACACUCCGAAGGCUCCACUGGAGAAGCCCAAAGACAAGCCACUAACUGCAGAUAAGACGGCGGCACCAGGCCCGUCACUGACCACUCCUACUCCGCAGACCGCAGUAGCUAAGCAGGAGCCACGGAAGCCCAGCUAUGCUGAGAUCUGCCAGAGAAUAAGGGAGGCUCCCCUCACGCAUCAAACCCCCCAAGAGGCCCGGCCGGCCUCCGGGGACGACAUCCGGGCCCCUGAGUCGGGCGAGCCCAAGAGCAAGGACGCCAAGCCUCCUGCCGUGCGCCCCCGUGAGGCGUGGAGGCCCCAGCCAGAGGGUGGAGAGAGACUUGGCACUGAGGCCGCAACCUCCUCCUCCUCUGCGCACCACACCUGAAGGGGCUCACCAGCUCCAUUCCUGCAAGGACUGGAAAAGAGAGAA